AAAGUAACCUUCUUAUCCGCUCUCCCUCUCUCAUUCCCCGUGCCUGGCUGACUUUACGUUCCGACAAUCACUAGUAUCAGACAGAAGCAAAGUUCGAAGCUGAGGAUUCUUGUUCCUGUCCGAAUGUUAGAAAAAGUCUAGAGAGAGAGAGAGAGAGAGAGAUUGACAGAUCUGUUUUUUUUCUAGAAGCCAAAGAGAGGAAUUCAAGUAAAAGGAGUAUCGAAGAUGGUUGCAAGAACCCCACAAAAGCAGAGGAGAGUUAUAGCGACGCUGGAGCUUCCUCUAAACUCAGAUCUUCUCAAGGAAACAAUCAACAAGGUUGAUAAAUGUAUGGAAAGACUGCAAGAGCUGCAAUACACAAUAGCAGGUGGAACCAAAGUUAUCUCUGGUGUGAAUCUUAUCCCUAGAAGCACUAGAACUUAUCUCAAGACUAGCCUUAGAUGCAAGCAAGAAACCUUAAGGAUCAAGAAUGCUACUAACAAGAAAUCUCCAAUAGGAAAGUUUCCAGCUUCCUCACCAGGAGACUGGAGGAAAAUGUCACUGCCAGCAAUGCUACUAGGAGAGACGGUAAACGAGAUCUUACAAGCCUCACAGGUCACCAGAGACAUUGUAGAUGCCCUUGCACCAAAGAAGAGCAGAAAGUUCAGGGGAUCAACAAUGCCAGAAGAAGACGGUUGCCCUAAAACACCUGAGACUCAACAGCAGAACUCUGAAGCUUUCAGCAGCAAUAUCAAAGCGAGAAGGAAUAAAGAGAAGCAGAACAAACGGCCAGAAUCAAAUACUCCUGCUUCUGUUCAUAAGGCACGUUCAAGAAUUGUGUUCAAGAUAGUCUCUCCACAGACAAAAGCAGAGAAGAUGGCUCAAGGAAAGGGGAGUGGUGAGAACAGUUUUAGGCAUUUGGCUAAUAGGGUUUCACCAAAGCACAAACCUUGGGUUAAGAAGGCCGUUCUUUUCCCUAACCCUCUGUUUAUUUCCGGUUCAUCUACGCAACAAGCUAAGUUCAGUAGAACUAUGUCUCCGGUCAUAGCCAGAAGUGACAUAACCAGCAGCAAGAACAGAUCUACUUCCACAUCAGCAUCCAAGUUUCAGGUCAAGAUCAAGAGCCCACCUAAAGUUUCGGUUUCUCCUAACAGAACCGGAAGUAACUUGGCUCGCAAGUCACCUAGAGGCUCCGGUUCUCCGACAAGAAGUGAAACCUUAGGGAAGAAGUCUCCAAAGCUAUCUACAGCUGCAAAGCUGAGAAGAUCAUUUACUCCUACGAGAAAUGGAAGUAACGUGGUUCGCAAGUCAUCCCUUUCUCCAAAGAGAGUCACGCUUCAAGCAUUUAUUUCCCCAUCAAGAAAUGGUGACGUGGGCAAGAAGUCACCAAAGCCUUCGAUUUCUCCGACUAGAAUGAGCAAGAAGACGACAACGCAGAAGCUAUCAACUGCAGCAAAGAUCAGGAGGUCAUUUUCGCCAUCAAGACUAGCGAUGAGGCUGGUGUCUCCGUUGAAGAGUAGGAAAAGUGUUGGAAAGUGUGGUGGUGAUCAUGAUGAGAUGGGGAUGAUGGUGAGUGGCUUGAAACAGCGUCCGGUUAUGGUUCCUAAGAGGUUCUCGAUGGGGAGAAUCUGAUUAGAGAGACUUUGAAAUGUAAUAAGAUAUUUUUUUUAGUAAAAAGAAAAUUCUUUAGUUCUUUUAUCAGUUUAUUAAACUAUUGAAGAGUGAA